CUGUGACCUUAACAUUGCGUGUAGAAAUUGUAAAUAUAGUGUUAAAGAUAGAUUUACGAGUACACUUGCCUAUUUUGCUUUAAUCACUUAUUGCUAUAAAAGUAGGCAUGGCUGACUAAUGUCUAAUACAAAGCAAGCAAAGCUUCCUACAAAGAAUGUUAUACAAGGUACACUAUUUGCAACUCCUGCACAGUUAAGGCAGUGGGCAAUAUUAAAGCCAACAUCUAAUUCUACUCCACCUCAACCUUCUCCUAAUUCAAAAGAAGCUGAAGAAAGCCGACCAGUUCUUCCGGAAAGCCUGGAAAGCAUACCAAAAGCAGAUUAUUUUCCCAACCAGCGUCAUCGCUGGAAUACAAAUGAGGAAAUAGCAUCACUGCUUAUCAGUUUCGAGCGUCAUGAGGACUGGCUGUCAAAAGAAGUUAAGAUCAGGCCCAAAAGUGGCUCUAUGCUAUUGUAUAGCCGGAAAAGAGUGCGUUAUCGAAGGGAUGGUUAUUGCUGGAAAAAGAGGAAAGACGGCAAGACAACUCGGGAAGAUCACAUGAAACUAAAAGUGCAAGGAACGGAGUGCAUUUAUGGGUGCUAUGUGCACUCAGCCAUUCUACCGACGUUUCAUCGUCGAUGUUACUGGCUAUUACAAAAUCCGGACAUAGUUUUAGUUCACUACCUAAAUGUUCCAUAUAGUGACGACAAUAAACUUUUGGUUACACCGAGUCUCAGUUACUGUGCUGACAAAAAGGAAUGGACAAAGGAGGAAUUGGUUUCCCAACUUAAACCAAUGUUUUAUAGUGAGAACGAGCCAGAUCUGAACAAUGAAUUAGAAAUCUCAGUUUCUUUAAAGACUGCUGAAACUGUUGAAGCUAUUGUGCAACAGUUGAUGGAAAAACAGCGAGCAAAAUCUAAUGCACGAACACAUGAAUGUGCAUGUGACAAUGCUCCCAAAGGAAGUGCACCAGGAAAUGAUAAGAAAUGUUCUCACACUUUUCACCGAAUCAUAUCUCCUAAAACCCAUUCCCGAGGUGUCUUAGCUGCCGUGAGCACAGCUUCUGCAAACUCCACUACAUUAUCCACCACAACUUCCGCACCAGCUUCAUCCACAGCUACCACAGUUCUAACAACUCAUACAACAUCAGUAAAAUCCGAGGAAACUCCAAUGAAAAGGACGACCGUUGCUGCAACUGUAGCUGUUUCAGGAGUCACUCCACGUCCAGGAAGUGUCAUAUUGGCCCCAUGCCGUCCUAUCCUACAGGAUGGGAAACAUGAAGUUGCCAUAACUGCAGGAAAUCAUGGAUCCAGUGCCGGUUCAGCUGCUGCCACAUCUUUAAUUCUGAAUUUGUCACAGCUUCAGGGUGGUGGAGGACUCUUAAUUCUAAACAGUGCUGCAGCAGCAUCCAGUGUUGGAUUAACAUCUGCAUCCGUUACACCCGUCACUUUUCUUUGUGGACAGGACACCAAUGCUGCAACCACUGUCAGAAGUAUAACCACUCAUACCUUGCACAAUGCUAUGGACACAUCAGAUGGUACCAACACAAUAAAGCCUGUUAAAAAGCAGUCACAGAAUGUGAAAGCAGAAGUCGAAGAGGGCUUAGAAUGUGCUUUGAAAAGAGACGUUCAUUUUUCGAACGUGCCGACGAGCAAAGAUCCUGAUUUAUGUAGUGUCAUGGACGAAUUGUCUUCUGAGACAAAAGAUUUGCCUCUGAAUCUUUUUGAAGACUCUUUGGCCAUGUCGCAGGAUGAUAUUCAGCGCACUCUGCUAGCCAACAUGCCUCCGCCCAAAUACGUGGUUCAAGAUUCAAACCCGCAUAUCUCGGUGAAAAUCGAAUCUCCACAUCCAGCUGAUAAUGUGAUAGUAGACUUGAAUCCUAUGGACUUCAUUGACAAUGAUAUAUCAACACCAGAUGAAGAAGUCUUUAACAUGGAUACGUUUGAUAUUUUGAGUGAUCUCCCUAACCUCGAUGAUCUGAAUCCGGACCUUGCACCUAGCAGUGGCUUGUCCAGUAGCAGUUCUUCGACACCUGUGAGUAACAGUUCUUUUGCUGCCAAGACUAAUCAUUCAGCGAUGGAUUACAGAGAAGGGACUGCAAACAUCACUGAUUAUUCUCCCGACUGGUGUUAUACUGAGGGUGGUGUUAAGGUCCUUGUAACAGGACCUUGGUAUUCAUCCUCAUCCCCUUAUACCAUCCUGUUUGAUGGGGUUAGUGUGCCAACUACUUUAGUCCAAAGUGGGGUUCUUAGGUGUUAUAGCCCAGCUCAUGAAACAGGACUAGUGACACUCCAAGUUGCAUGUGAGGGGUUUGUUAUAUCGAAUUCUGUGUUCUUUGAGUACAGACAGAGACAAUCUACUACAAAUGUGAAAUCUGAAGAUUGGUUUUCAGUUGAAGACAGUACUCUAAAGCUUUCCCUUUUGGAACGACUAGAAAUAAUGGAAACAAAGUUGACUUUUAGCUUAGACAGUUCUGCAGCUGGAUUAACUACAAAUAGUGUUGUCCAGAAUGCGAAUGAUGAACAAAAAUCUUUUGAAGAUAGAUUAGUGACCUUGUGUCAGAAAUUCAUGACUGGCAGCUGGACUAGGCAUGAUGAUGUGACACCCAUGCUUACAACUACUUGCUCUGAUCUUACAUUACUGCAUUUAGCUGCAGCUUUGGGAUUUUCACGUCUUGUUUGCACUUUAUUGCACUGGAGAAAUGAAAACUCUUCUCUUAUGCUCGAAAGAGAAGUUGAUGCCAUGAGUCAAGAUAAGCGAGGUUGUACACCUUUGAUGUGGGCUUGCGCAUUGGGUUUCACUGAUGUUGCAUUGUUGCUGUACCAGUGGAACAGAGCUGCUAUCAAAGUAUCCAACAAUCGAGGUGUAACUCCUUUAUCUGUAGCAGCAGAAAGGGGACAUGAUAUGUUAGUCGAACAGCUUGAGAAACUAGAAUGUUCUCAAGCACAGCAACUCAGUGGAAAUAAAAACUCUGAAUCUGAGUUAAGUUCUAGUCUUAAAAUAGAAGAUUCCAAUUUGGGUAUCUCUUUGAAAUCCUCAUCAUUGGAUCAAAUGUUAAUGAAUUCUACUAGUUCUUCGACAUUAAAGAUAAGUACUUCAAGUACGAAGGAUUCCCAGCCUGUUGCUGCUCAAGGAACAUCAUCAUCUACAGUUUCAUUUUCAAACUCAGAUGUUUUAGAUAAUCCAAAUCUAGAAAGUCAGUCUUAUAGUUUGCAUUUAAAUGAAAGCAGCUUUCUGUCAUUUUUAAAUGUUCUUCAAGGUAAUUCUAGAGAUGUAAAUGUCAACCAGUCCAAAGCAAAGAAAGAAUUAUCAUCAUCAUCAUCUACUCUCUUAGAAAACAAUGAGAAAAAUAAAUCUUGUACAUCAAAUAUAAUGUCAGAUAUUACAGCAUCUGACGAUGAACUGGAAGGCCAGUUUUCUACAGCAGCUACUGAAGGUAGCACUAUGUCAAGUCGACGAGAUAGUUGCAGCAGCUGUGAUCUCAAUUUGCCUCUAAACAGCGAUGCUGACAACAGGGUUCUGACCUUAGCUGAACAUAUUAUAGCUGCUAUGCCAGACCGAAUUAAAGCAUCAGCUAAUACAGAUCCCGAAUAUGUGCAUUUUCGAAGUAGUGAGGAUUUUACUGAGAGUGAAAAUAGGAGCUUGUCAAGUGGACAAAAUCCUCCAGAUCUGGAGAUGUGUUCCGUAGACGAUUCCCCUCCUCCUCUUUUGAAUGAGGAGUUCAAUUUCGAUCAUUCUUACAGGUAUUGUGAGACUAAUACUCCUGUGUCAUCACUAAGCCCUGCAUCUUCAUCUUGUCUACAAAGUCCUGGAAGCUUUACUCUGGAUUCACCUUCUCCACCACCCACUACUGCUGAUUUUUGUGAAUUUUUUCAAGCAUCUGGUAAAAUAAUGGAGAAGGACUUCUCAAAACUUACUUUAUCAGACCGAGAGCAACGGGAACUGUAUGAAGCUGCAAAAAUUAUUCAAAAAGCAUACAGAUCAUACAAAGGUCGGAAACGUCAAGAGGAGCAGGAGAAAGAAAAAGCUGCUGCAACUCUCAUUCAGACAUAUUACAGGCGAUACAAACAGUAUAUGUAUUACAAGCAAAUGACAAAAGCUGCACAGUUGAUCCAGAGCCAAUUUCGCAAUUAUUGCGAACAUAAGCGUUUUAAAAAGUGGAAAGAAAGUGAUGCUGACUGUAUUUCUCCAGCACUUGGUAGCUCUCCAAGUUCAGUAGCCGGACCUUCAGCUGCAAGCUUACAAUCUCUCUAUUGGACUUUGGCAGAGUCUGAGCGAAGGCUUAGUUCCAGCAGGGAAGGGACUCCUACAUCUUCAACUCUAAAGAGGACAUAUUCCCAAAGGAGGCAGCACCAGGCAGCUAGAAAAAUACAGCAGUUUCUCAGGCAAUCUAAAAACAACAGCGUGUGGGAUUAUUUUCAAGGAAAGGCGAUUGCAGAGAGAACGUGCAUUAGCUGCCGAAAAAGAGAAGCAACUGGGGGAAACUCAGAGUCAUCAGCCUCUGCGCCUAAAAUACCAGGAACAGCCUUCUGACAAAAGGCUCCUUUCUGAUGGAAAAAACCCCAAGUGUGAUAAGGAUAAUACCUGAAAGCUUUUGGAUAUAGUUUCCUUUAGAAUACUUAUGGUAUGUAAAGAGAGAAAUGAAUUUUGCCUCUUGCAUUCCAGAAUGUAUUCUAACACUGCCAUCAAUCCUUGCAGUGAAUUAUCACUUGCAGAAAUGUGUAAUUGGCCAAAAGUUGUUGAAAUGAAACUGUGAAAUCAUCAUCCGUGAAUUUUUUCACUUUUGCUUGAAUUGCAUCCAAAUAUCAAUGCUUUAUUUGUUUUGUUGAGUGAUUAAAAAAAUUGUUGUGAUAAUCUCUUGUAAUUUUUUUUAUGAAUGUGUUAAAUUUGUGUCUUAGGAAUGUGACCGGUGCUGAUGGAUGUAUUGCAGUAUUAGCUUAUCUCUGUUAAUUCUAUGUAAAUAUUGGUGAUUUUUAUCCAAGUUAUUAAAGACUACCAGGUUUGAAAAAAAUUAUAUAUUAGCAAUGGUGUUAAUGAACAUUAAUUUAAUCCAUCUCUUUUUCUAUUUUUAGAAUUAAAUAUAAUAUUUAUAUUGAUCUUAUACAUUCUGCCAUGUGUAUUAAGCAUAUUUGGAUCGUACAAUAUGCAUAAGUCUUAGAGUUUUUCUUUCUGGCUGUGAUAUGUAUGUAAUCAGAGUAUUAUACUUCUCAUAAUUUUUAUUCCUGCAUACAUACUUCGAAUGGAUGUAUACAUGGUGAGUUAUAAACUUUGAAGAAUCUCGUGGUUAUUUUAAAUAUAACUAUUAUAUGUAUUUGAUUGUAAAAAUGAUAUAUGUCAUUGGUAAUUGUAUUUUUAUUUUUUAAAUUUUAUUUUUAAAUAAAAUUGUUGCAUGAUUCAUAUAAAAUUUAGAUUUUGUUAUUUAUACAUUGUGUUCAUUAAAUUUUCAAGUUAUUUGUUGUUUAUGUUUUUAUUCCCGUUGGCUUUUUUUUUAUUAAUAUGUCAUUUUAUGAUACCAAGCCACAAAAAUGCAAUUAUCACCUGUAAAUAGUUGUUAAUUAUUAACAGUUUAUAUUUUGCUAGACCUAAAAGUUCAGAGUUUAAUUAUUAUAUUAAUUAAAAAUGUUUUUCAUGGCAAUUUAAAAAUAAUAAUUAUAUAAUAUAUAAGUAGUUAUUUGCCAUGGAUCUUUUUAAUAUACAUUCAGAUUUUUCAAAAAGCUUCGAAGUUUUCUUUUUGUAGAUUAAUUAAUCCAAAUCUUUUUAAAAAAUCAUGCUGUUAUGAGGAAUAUUUUAGAUAAUUAUUUAUUAUUUUAAAAUUAUGCUCACUUCUGAAAUUUAAUUAAUACCCCUCUUUUAUAUUAAAAUUGUAUAGGAAACUUUGGCAGUUGUUCUAGGGCAUGCAAAUCUGGGAUGCAAUAUUUCCACUCACAUCUUUAUUCUAAACUAUGCAUUGGCAAUCUCUUUCUUAAGUUAAAAAAAUUGCAUGUCCUUGUUCUCUGUCUCUUAAAAAAGGAUUUAAUAACUAUUAUAAAUUUUUGUUUCAGUUUUGUGGUGUGUGUGAUUGGAAAAAAAGA